AAGCCACAUUACAUCCGGCACUUAGAAUAAUGGUGGCUAGUGUCUUACAGGCAGCAACCUCCUAACCCUGAAGCUCUAACGCUCAUUAGAGUCACCGCAACGUCCUCAUAAUUGAACCCACGUGAUUACUAAUUCAUAUUAGCUACACAUCAACAUCCAAUGUCAAAGGACAAAUAUACAACUCUCCCUGACCGCGCGGCCGUUCCUAAAAAUGGAACAAGAUGAAGACAACAGCGCUGACGUCUGGACUCGCCAAGACGAUCGCCAACAGGCCGCCAAGGAGGAACGACGACCGCGUCAUCAUACAUUUUGACUACGACUGCUUCUACGCCAGCGUAUUCGAGAACGCCAAUCCGGCGCUCAAGGGGCUUCCCCUAGGCGUGAAGCAGAAGAGCAUUCUCGCAACGUGCAACUACGCCGCGCGGGCCCGGGGCGUCAAGAAGCUGAUGCUGAUCUCCGAGGCCCAGAAGGUAUGUCCGGACCUCGUGAUCGUCAACGGCGAGGACCUGACGCCGUUCCGGGACGCCUCGAAGAAGCUAUGGUCGUUCCUGCGCUCGCACUCGUGGAGCGACCGCGUCGAGCGUCUAGGUCUCGACGAGGUCUUCCUCGACGUCACGGAUGUCGUGGCGUAUAACCAGGAGCUGCUUAACCGGAACGCCUUGCGGGACUCGUUCUUCCAGCUCUCGAGACAGGACCCGGAAAAGGGGUUUAGCUUCGACGCAUCCGGGUUUUUCGGAUGCGUGCAGCCUAAAGUAGAUGCGGAAGAUGCCGUCUCGAUGCUGGGUAACCCUUCAUGCGCACGCCUGCUUUUGGCGUCGCAUCUAGCCGGGUACCUGCGGCUCAAGCUUGAAGAAGACUUCGGGUACACAUCCAGCUGUGGUGUAUCGACGAAUAAAACCCUCGCCAAGCUCGCUGGUAGCGUGAAUAAGCCGAGAAACCAAACAACUCUUCCCGGGCUACACGAAGAUGAUAUCCAGGAUUUUAUGGAUGGCCACAAGUUGCGGCAGAUCCCGGGUAUUGGCUCCCGCAUCGCGCAGCUGGUCCAGGACCACGUGUUAUCGACUACCACGGUCGCGGAUUCGCACGAUUUUGAGAUAGGGGCUAAGGUGACGGUGCGUGACGUCCGGUUACAUCCGGGAUUAUCCGCAGACAUGCUAGAGCGAAUCCUCGAUCGGCCUGGCUCCGAGCGCGGUAGCGGCGAAAAGGUGUGGAACCUGCUUCACGGGGUCGACACCUCCGAAGUCAAGGAAGCGAGUGACGUGCCGACGCAAAUCAGCAUCGAGGAUACGUACAUGUCGAAGCCGCUCAACACACCGGCCGAGAUAACACGGGAGCUGCAUGCUCUCGCCACAUCGCUCGUUAAACGUAUGCGCGUGGAUCUUACCACGAUUGACGAAGCCGACCCCUCGGAUCCUACCUCGCAGCACCAAGAACAGCCACAGCUGCGUUGGGCCGCUUAUCCUAAGACACUCCGGCUAUCGACCCGCUGCCGACCAAAAAAUACCGCCACCGGCUCCACUCCAGCGCCAGAAAGUUUCAGUCGGAGUUCCCGCAGCCAACCACUCCCAAGCUAUGUCCUUAACCUCAAGGACGAAAGCGUCGAGACCGUCGCAGAGCGGCUAGCUUCGGAAGCUCUGCUCCCUCUAUUCCGACGUCUACAUGCCGAACGUCAGGGAUGGAACCUAGCUUUGAUUAAUAUAUGCGUGACGAACAUGGUCAUGAUGGCGGGCUCCGGUGAGUCGGGGAACGGUGCAGGGAUGGGAGGUGGUCGGAACAUUGCCCGUAUGUUUCGGACACAGGAAGAUAAGCUGCGGGAGUGGACUGUUUAUGACACUACGCCCGUGUCCAAUAAUUCCGUGUCUCCAUCCAUAUCCGCCUAUGGUACCGACAAUACCGAGACUAGAGAGGAGAAAGAAGAUGAAAUGUUGAACGUUGUGGCCACAGAAGGUCAAGCAGCUAAACCCGUCGCAGUAUCGCUUGACCCGGAUGAAGACGCCUGGGAAGAGGAAGAGGAAGAUGAAUCCCAAAGAUGCCAUCUCUGUGGGCAUGCCAUCCCUAUUUUUGCAACAUUGGCGCAUGAGAGGUUCCAUAGCAUCGGAGACUAAUAAGGCACUUCCCAGAUAUCGGUAUUCCUGCUUCUAGUAGAUAGUUUAGAUACCCUUUGAAAUUUAACAUGAUACCCCAAGACGCAACAAGACAGACACCUUCCAAAUCACCCGCCCCAGUGA